AUGAGCAAGUCUUUUCCGGUUGUCACAGGGAAUUCGGAUAUUCCAAACGAAACCAAUGUUCGGCUAAACAGGCUGGAACCCCUCGUUGAAACUGACAGGUUAAGUGCCGCGCAGCCUAAUUUUUGGGAUGGAAAUGCUCCUAAUGAUCUUGAUCUAAAGGUCCGUAAGUCGUUGACUGGGUAUAUCGUACCGUCGGGGAAGCCCAACGCGCCAUGCUUGCCGAAUUUCUUUGCAGAGGGGAAGGGACCCGCCGGCAACUCUGACAUCUGUAGACGGCAAACGUUUUAUGAUGGAGCACUGGGAGAGCGGGCAAUGAACGCUCUGAUGAACUAUGCCGAUCCUAGCGAAAUAUACGAUUAUGCACGCACAUUCGUAUGCACUUUCCACGGGGUUGACGCAACUUUAGCGAUAAAUUGUCUUUAUCGCUCGGGGAUCCGCGCAGCAAGUAGCAAGAUACAGAAGAUACAUAUUCAUAUGCACUAUCUAGGAGCAUUCGCUAUGAUAGGAUCUGCCGAUACUUUCCGCAAAGGAGCUAUAAUGUUCCGAAAUACGCGGCUCCUAGCCAAAAAACACAGGGACAAUAUGAUCGAGAAAGCGAAUAGAAAAUCCGCCGGCAAGUCUUACAAGAGCAAUUCAGGCUCCUCCCUUCCCGCGCAGACUUCUGUGUCAUUUGGUUCCAAUGCGAGCGGCUCGAGUAAUGCGACUGUCACAGAUGAGCUCUCCCCUGAGUAUGAAGCAAGGAAAAAAGCGCGCUUGGAGCAAGGUGGUGAGGGCAGGUGA